UUGAGACUACAUUACCCAUGAAGCCCCGCGCCUGCAUUUGUCGGAUUGUGCUUGGGGAAAAAAAGCGUAAUAUUGCUCCAAUGAUCGAGAGUCAAUAACAUUCGAACCAUCUACAUAAAACAUCUGUUAAAUUGAACCAAUUCUCUAAGUACACUGAGAUUUAUUCAGAAACUUGUGUACAUUUAUGGAAGAUGGGGCAGCUUUGCACAGCAGGAGACUGAUGAGAGGGAAUGAGCAGGACACAACUCAACGCAUCUGAUGGAAUAGAGCAGUCUCACCUCUCUCACAAACAGUAGUCAUGGAAACCAAGGAAAAUGGUUCAGUGGACACCAAAAGUUCUGUGGAGAAUGGGCAGCUUUCUGAUCCAGCCCACUGGGCCGUAGCGGAUGUGGUCAAUUAUUUUAAAGCUACAGGAUUUGAAGAGCAAGCUAACGCUUUCCAGGAUCAGGAAAUCGAUGGCAAAUCCCUUUUAUUAAUGACUCGAAAUGACGUUCUGACCGGACUGUCAAUAAAACUGGGUCCUGCACUGAAGAUCUAUGAGUAUCACGUCAAGCCUCUCCAAACCCAGCACUUAAAAAGUAACGUCUCAUAGCUGCUGCAGUCACAUGGAUGCAUGGAAGACAAUCACAGCAAGGGGUGCAGGGUAACUGCAGGCAGAGCUAAUGCAUUUUAUCCAUCUUAAUGAAUAAACUUGGUGAAUUUAUUGCUUUUAAGGUCUCAUUCUGCUGUACAGGCAUAUUUACUGUUUUUAGUUUACCUACGUUUAACAUGUUCAUUCAGAUUUUAUCUUCACUUUGUGUACUUGUACGUAAGUCAUUAUUGCUUUUAUGAUUAAAUGCUUGGUUUAAUAAUGUGAUUGUGACAUAAAAUGAAAAGUGGCUUGAACUAAAACUGAAACACUAUUCUUGAAGAUGUUUCUGAGUAACGCAUGAAGUACGUUUGAACAGAAGAGAGAGGGAGGUUACAGCCAGUUUCGAUUUUUAUUGGUUUGUUGGUGUGUGUUUUUUUUUUUUUUCUCUUUUGGUUUUUAAAAGAUAAAAAGUUAGCUGAGAUAAAGUAACAGCACAAAUGAUUAAAUGUCUGAAAAUGAUUAAAUUUAAUACUGUGCUGUGGUUUACAGCGAUUAAAGGCUCAACAUAUUAAGGGUUUGUUUGCAGGAAUCCUGUCAGAAUGACAAUGAUUUGUGCUGCUAUGAAUUCAGUUUAUUUAUUUUGUAACUAACAAUGUGAUUCCUGAUGAAUUGGUGAACACUGUAAAUCUACAGCAGUUUGUGAUACAGGGUGUUUUAAAAGAUGAAACUAAAGUGAGUGUAGACUGCAAUAAAUGGUGCUUUUUCAGAUUGCUGAAAAAAAUACACUUCCUGGUGUUCAUUACAGUACUGUGUGACUUCCUUCCUUUUGUACAUACGUGUAUUUGAAUAAUAUCUCAAUAUGUAAUAAUCAGUCAAAAUCCUAAAACAAUUAAAUCCCAGAUACAUUGCAUGCAUGUU